UCGGAUUGCGCAUAAAGAUUUGAUCCAGUUCGAGACAAUAAUUGAAAAUCAUGCGCCUUCUAUACAUUAAAAUCAUAUUAAUUAACCUCAUAAUCUCCACCACCAAAGGCGCCUUCAACUUUGAAACCAGUGUAAUCCAGAUAGGGGAAACCAUGACUCGGAUUCGGCAUAUCUCCACUAGUACUGUCCAACCAACGAGUCACAAUGGUCAGUUAGCUCCUAGAAUCGAGUUGACUCCAUGGGAUCUUCGAAUUAUCAAACUUGACUACAUCCAAAAGGGGCUUCUCUUCCACAAAUAUUAUUCAUCAGAGAAUGAAAUGAACCAGAUCAGCUUGGUCCAACACCUAAUAUCCUCACUUUCUCAAGCUUUGGACAUCUUCUACCCACUUGCCGGCCGCCUUGCAGUGACCGAAAAUAAAGAUAAUAGUACCUCGUGUGUUUUCAUCAAUUGUAAUGACGCCGGAGUCGAAUUCUUACACGCAGCUGCUGAUUGUGUCACAGUGGCCGAUAUCCUAGAUUCCGUGGACGUUCCUGAUGACAUUGUCUGCCAACUCCUUCCCAUGAAUGGUGUUCGGAACUAUGAAGGCAUUUCGAAACCAUUGCUUGCAGUGCAAGUAACUGAGCUUGUUGAUGGCAUCUUCAUCGGUUGCAGCAUUAACCACUCAGUUGUGGAUGGUACCUCUUACUGGCAUUUCCUUAAUACUUGGUCUGAAAUCUCUCGUUCUGGCUCUGUUCAUCAGAUGACCCCUCCUAUUUUUCAUCGUCAAUUUCUUGAUGGCGUUAUUGAACUCCCAAUUCACCUACCCUUACCUUACAAUGAAUUACUCCCAAGUCAGCAGCAGAUUAUGGAUCAAUCCUCUUCAGUCUCUUUACGAACAAGGGUUUUUCAUUUUCCAAAAGAAAAGGUUGCACAGCUCAAAGCAAAGGCCAAUGCUGAGAGGGGUACCAAUAACAUCUCCUCCCUUCAAGCACUCAUGGCCCAUUUCUGGUGCGCCACAAUACGUAGCAGACAUGAUUUAAACCCUGAUGAUGAGGUUAGUUAUUUCAUUGCGACAGGAUUGAGACAAAGAUUGAAGCCACCAUUGCCAAAAGAAUACUUUGGGAAUGCGCUUGAAGGGAUUUCUGUUAAGUCCACUGCAGGUGAGCUGCUACAAAAUGGGAUAGGAUGGGCUGCUUUGCAUAUAAACAAGAAGAUUACCUCCAUCACAUCUGAUGUAAGUGAUGAUGCAAGAAAGUAUGUAGAGAAUUUUGCAAAAAAUCCGACGUUUUUCCCAAAUCUGAGGGAUAUUCUACAAAGUCAAACUAGUACUACUGCGUUGCUCACAGGAAGCUCACCGCGGUUCAAUGUUUAUGGCAAUGAUUUUGGGUGGGGGAGGCCGCUCUGCUUGCGUGGUGGAGCUGCAGAAAAAAAGAAUGGGAUGUUAAUGGUGUAUCCUGGGGACAAAGAAGGAAGUAUUGAAUUUUUUGCUUGCCUCUUGCCUGAGACUCUACAAGCUAUGGCAGGUGACGCAAAGUUCAUGGAAGCUGUGCUCAGAUGAUCAACUCUAGCUGUAUUAAAGUAUGUUCAUUUUCUGAGUUAUAGCCAAAGGUUUGUGAUUAUUUAAGUUUCGAUUUGUCAAUGUGCUAGAUUAAUUUUGUGCGCGCUUACGGUUGAAA